AUGGAUUCCAUGGAAGCUCCAUCUCCAUCUUUUCAGCCUCCUUCUCGUUCCAGUCAGCAACUGCAUUUCUACCUCGCCGUGGAUCGUCCCCAAUUCAAAAUGGAGACUGUGGUGGAGUUACUAGGCGUUCUAGGUCGCCGUCCAUUGCUUCCGAUUGUAGUUUGUUGCAGCUCUCGCGACGAACUCGACGCCGUCUGCUCUUCCUUAUCAACACUUCCUUACAUCUCAUUAGCUGCUUUGUACAGCGAUCUAGCAGAGAGAGACCGAACUACGGUUUUAGAGAAAUUCCGGCAAGCAACAAUUAACUGGAACCAACAAGGUUUGGAAAAGAGUGUGACUGGAGAAGAAGAAGAGAAAUCUCAUCUGGUAGUUGUAACUGAUGUCUGUCUUCCGUUGCUUUCAUCUGGAGAAUCCUCUCUUUCGGCACGAGUUCUCAUAAACUUCGAGCUUCCUACAAAGAAGGAAACAUAUACAAGGCGUAUAACAACUUGCUUAGCUUCAGGUGGGAUUGUCAUAAACAUGGUUGUUGGAGGCGAAGUAACGACACUCAAAAGCCUAGAAGAAAGCAGCGGCAUUAUCAUCGCAGAGAUGCCAAUCAAUGUAUAG